AUGGUGUUCAAGGCUGGAAUUUUGUUAAUAUCGCUCCUAGUUGGAAGCCUGGCUUUGCCCUUAAAUGAGGAACAAGACAAUUCUAUUUUCUUUGAUAACACCGUCGUCAAUCCUUCAAUAAUUGGUGGAGAUGUUUCCCCGCUCGUCCCACACAUGGUUUCUUUGAGCAGUGGUAGCAUGAUAAGGAGUUUCUUCUGUGGAGCCUCUUUAAUAAGUGAAAGGCAUGUACUAACUGCAGCUCACUGUAUCAGUGCCAGCCUGAGUGAUGGAUCUUUGUCAAGCUCUAUUCGUGGUAAGGUUGGCAGCGUCUCCCAAUACUUGGGUGGAUCUGAUUAUUCAUUUUCACAAGGUGCCAUCCAUCCAGACUACAACAGUAGAUCAAUCAAAAACGAUAUUGGAUAUUUGAUGACCUCCGUUCCUGUUGUUUUGGGUGACAAUGUGAAGCCAGUUGCAUUAAGUUUUGAUUUCGUUGGAGGAGAUGUUCCUACCAUAGUCAAUGGUUGGGGAAGGACCGUAGUAGGUGGACCAGCAUCUCUAGUACUGAGGGAACUUCGUCCAUUCACGGUAGAUGGCGAACAAUGCGUAAAAGAUGUAGACAGGAGGAAGCAGGAGCUUAACAGACCCAAUACACCAUCUGUAGAUCCCGAGAUUGAAAUCUGCGCCUACCUUCGAGCCAAUAGUGGCAUGUGUCAUGGUGACUCCGGUAGUGCCCUAGUGGAUCUCAGAAAUAACAAGCAGAUCGGUUUAGCGUCCUGGGUUCUGCCAUGUGCUCGUGGAGCUCCAGACAUGUUCGUGAGAGUCAGCGCCUACCAGUCAUGGAUUCAGCAGAUCUUGAAUUAA